CCUUCUAGAACAGGCAAUGAUCAAAAUGGUUGGUUUUCAGCUACUAUUUCUGCCUUUGGUCGUCGCCCUUGACCCAUGUCUCCAUGGCAACCAUAAACCAAUUGACGAACCUCACAGAAGCGCGCUAUUUCAACCGGAAUCAACUGAUCGCGAAAUAUGCGACCGCCACUUAACAGAAGGUUGGUAUGUAUUCAAUGGCGGGAAUGACACGAUCCCCACACACUGUGUCACGGCGUACCACUGUGGCACGCGGUUUCCUGUUUGGAUGAAAGGAAGUCUGCCUUCUGUUAGGGAUGGGAUUGUACACAGAGAGAGCUGCAUUACACUCGCCCUCAGUACGUCUGCUUCUUGCUGCGAGCUCACAAUGGAUAUGAGGGUCAAAAACUGCGGUUCCUUUUAUGUGUAUUACCUAAAACCGACGCCAUUUUGCCCAUCCGGGUACUGCGCAGGGGAGACUUACACGUGUAACACGGGCAACGCUGGGGGACAAUGCAAAGAUCUUUACCCAAAGAUGACAAACUUUCCGGUCCUUGGUAAACCGGAAGUAGUAUCGAAUUCAACGGUCAGAUUUCCGUGUGAGGUGCAAUACCCUAUCGGCCAACCAGAUGUCGGAUUCGAAGUCACAUGGACUGUUGAUGGCCAAACAUUGGUAGAUCCCACCACUGGUGCUCGAAUUGUUGAACAGUUAACUGGUGACUCUCGAACAGCGUAUCUGGACUACAAUACGCUGAAGGGCAACCUCGGUAAAACGUUGAAGUGCAGGGUCCGUAGUUACUACACGAACACAUCCCAUAUACAUAGUGAUAGUAUCACAAGUGAUGGGUACUUUUGUGGAAUUAAGGUCCUUACAGAGAGAAUUGUUGUGGAUGAGAAGGGUCCAGAGAAGAUGGUCACUGUGGAAUCCACACUUCCGAUUCCGUGUAAUACGGCACAUGUUGAAGAGUGCAAGAUAACUUUCAGUUUGGAUACUCAUACCAAAGAUACCAUGUUUUCAACCUGUAACUAUGACAUCAAACUGGACCCCGUGACCGGUAAAUAUUUGGGAUCGUUCAAGGUAAUAGCAACUAAAGACUUCGUCAGCGAUGGAACCAGGACACACGAAAUUUCAUUCAAGCCGAUUACCGAUUUCAAUCACCUCGUAUGGACAGGGUACAAUGUACAUCCUGUUCACGUGACGACAGUAAGCAGUGAUCACGGACAUUGCAAUGCACAUGGAGAUCCUCACAUGCUGGGAAUGGACUACAGGGGAAACACCAACGUUUAUGUGACGGGGGAAUUAACAUUGUAUGAGUGUAAAUCAGCCAGUGAUCCUACAAAAUGCCUCCAGGUACAGGUGAGGACCUGGCCUUGUGGAAACUACCAUCCCUGUAUAUGUGCUUUGGUUGCUAGAGAAGGAAAUGAUGCUGUACAAAUUGACAUGUGUGAGAAACGAAAAAACCAACACGCAGUACCGGAAGUCACAGUCUUAUCAGAACGAGGUCUCGACGGAACCACAAUAAACAGAGACAGAAGUGGAAAAAAAUUCUUUAUUAACUUUCCAUCCGGAGCACGUGUUGUUGCCAGUACGUACGUUUUGAGUCCUCGAGGCCACCCCCAUGAGAAGGACGGAAUGAUUGAUGUAGAUAUCCAGGCUCCUCCAGACAAUAAAGGAUGUGGUCAAGGAAUAUGUGGUCUUUGGAACGAUAACCCCCACGAUGAUCUGAUCGGAGCAAACGGACAUCAUUACUCGCACAGCCAUGUUACCGAGUUCGCCGAAACAUGGCGAAUAAAACCAUCAGAAAGCCUUUUUAACCACGUUUUGAGCUACCAGCCUUUUUAUUCGACUCAACAUACGUACUGCACGUGUAGUAAUGGUAGAACUGACUGCACAAAAAAAUCGAAAAACCCAAAUAAACAUAACUGCAAUGGGAAAUGUAAAACUGUGCGCGUAUCCAGACUUAACAGACACCACUACCGGCGAUACUCGGAUGACGACAUUGAUGGGGAAGAACCAGUGGAUGACAUCAUCAUUCAGAAGAGAUAUAAUUUCAAUUACAAGCCCAGAGAUGUGUUUCCCACUCUAAAUGGAAUAGACGAGGCACAAGCAAAAAAGAUAUGUAACGAUGGAUUACAAAAAUCCACAUUAUACGAACGUUGUCAUGACGAGCCAGGGAUAAAUAAAACCGCGCUGAUUGACUCCUGUAUGGAAGACGUCAAGGCCUCAGGAAGUGAUAUGUUCCUUGUGACACAAAUGUCAGCAUUCGACAGCUUAUGCCAGAACGAGGUUAUGAAGAACAUAAACAAUUAUAAAAAGAACCCGGAUGGCGAUCUAAUUCCACCUCUUGACGUGACAGACCAUGCAUGUCCUAACCAAUGUAGCCGCAGGGGUACAUGUAUCUAUGGUCAGUGCAAUUGCAAUUCUGGAUAUACAUCUGUGGACUGUAGUGUCAAUUUGAAUGAUACGCACAACAUCAUUCAAAUCAGGGGAAACGGACUGUGUGACAUUAGAAAAAGACCAUGUGUUCAGACCAAUGUGAUUGCAGAAAAUAUAAUGGAAACUGAAGAUAUGACAUGUGGUUUCCAGCUAUCAACAGGAUCGGGAACGCUUGAAGUUCAACCAGCUGAACUUUUGUCUGCCUGGGAAAUCAUUUGUUCAGUGCCUGUCCACAAUGUAUCCAAAGGAAGUUCUUUACAGCAAUAUAACUUAUCCAUCUCACUAGAUGGCACCACCUAUAGCGCUGCACAGAUGUUCACAGUGUAUGAUUCCGUGUGUCAACAUUGUGACAGCACGGGACACUGCAAUCUUAAGACAGACUCGUGUUUGAUUGACGGACAUUGUUACCAGUCAGGAUACUUGAACACACAACACAACAAAGUCUGUGAUCCCUCAGUAUCGCAAAAUCAUUGGUCCGAUCCUGGGACACGGAGGAUAGCGUAAAUACAGACGGGAUUUUAAGAACUGGAUCAAUACACUGCGCUUGCAUCUGGCUGUCAGUGCAAAUAUGAUGCAUCAAGCUACACUUGUGCCUGCUGUAGAAAUGGAGGUUGUCAAUGUCUAAAGAUCCAUAACAAGUGUGGAAAUUGUCAUAACCUAGUUUGUUAAUGCUUAUAACAAUAUGCAACGUAUCCUAUCCACAAA